UUAAAAAAAUAGCAAACAAACAUUGAAAAUGGUCGGCUGAAAUUUCCAGUUUGGCACGUGAAUUAGAUCGUUUAGUUUUUAUUUUCGUUGGAAUCAACAAGCCACCGUCAAGCUGGGUGCCAAAACGGUGGACAGGUUCCUGAGUUUAGCAGACGAUAAUUUUGUUGAAGAUGUAAAAGACGAUCUAAAAUGUUUUAUAGGCGAAAAACGAGUUGACAGCGUGCUGGUGUUCCCACCGGUGAGCAACUACCGGCGCUUCCUGAUCCACCGUUGUGUGGAGGAGUUGGGCUGUCCGGAGUUCGCCACAUUCUCCAUUGGGGUGAGAGACGAGCGAAGGACGGUGCUCUGUUUUAGGGAGAAGAUACUCCGGGAUGAAGCUUGUGCUCUGCCGACCAUGGGAUUGACGCAGACCUUACGCGAAGAUGCCAACAUAUCACACUCGGACGCAGCGGUGGGGUGCAAGCCGGCGCCCGCGCAGCCUCAAGGAAAGAUCAGAUCUGGUCCAACGAAGCCUCGUCGCCCCGACCGCGCCGUAUACGUGCCCCGCGCGCUCCGCUCCGCAGACAGCUCCGAGGACAAACCGGACCCCAAGCGACCGGCACCAAAAGCCUCCAAGUCGCCCACCAAAGACAAGUCCCAACCCACCACCCCCCGGCGGUCCAUUGACAAGACCUACUGCAACGUCUACACCCCCCCGCAUCUCCGGAGCACCAGGUCCACGGCACCCAGCAUAGACCCACCAGCGCCGACCGACUCCGUGCCUUCAGUCUGCCAAGUGCCAAAUAGUGAUAGUGCAAUAUCUUUCAGUGAUAAUAGUUAUAACGAGAUAGACGAUAGUAGUUUUUAUAUAGGAGAUUAUUUCGCCAACGGACAACUCGGGCUGUACGCGCCCGAUUAUUAUAACGAUUUCGUCAGAUAUCCGACCGAAGACAACGACUGGAGGACUAAUGAGUCCGAUGUAAACAUGGCCGUACCUGAAACGAACCAGAGCAAUAUUAUAGACAACAGUUAUUUAUAUGAUAAGGAUGAGGACGUCGAAGAGAAAGAGUUGAAGCGAGCUUCUCAAGAAAUUAAUAGAAGCAACAAGAGAAUAAUCAAACAGAGCUUCGAUUCAGAUGUUCUAGUUAUAUCUGACCCGGUCGAGGCAGAAUGCGAGGAGGAACGACCAACCGAAGCAAUUAACGGGGAAGAGAAAAAGGAACCCGAACCUAAGAAGCUAAAACCACAACUAGAAGCUAAAGUCUCAUUAAAGCGCGAGGAUAACGAUUGGGAUGCCGUGUUCGACGACAGCGGAGAAUGCCUCGACCCAUCAUUGCUAGAGGAACUCACCUCAACUGUGGGCAAGGUUCACAUAAGCAAGGCAAAGAACAGUUACGAACAGUACCAGACCAGAGGCCAAGCUUUAUUCAACGGUCCGUAUGACGAGACAUUCGGUCACGUUGUGGAAGUGUAUGACUUUCCUAGUGAGUUUAAGACGAACGACUUGUUUUCGGUGUUCAGUGAAUAUAAGGACACCGGCUUCGAGAUCAAGUGGGUGGACGACACGCACGCGUUGAUUGUCUUCAGCAGCGCCAAAAUUGCUGCGGAGGUGCUUCGAACGCAGAGGCAGCUAGUCCGGUGUCGGCCGCUGCAGGAGGCCACGCUCGAGUCCCGCAACAAGGCCAAGAAGUGCGCCGAGUUCCUGCAGCCCUACAGACAACGUCCCGAAACGUGUACGGCGCUGGCUCGGCGACUGGUGUCGGGCGCCCUCGGAGUAAAGCUCAGCACCGCGCGCCAGGAGCGGGCCGAGGAGCGCCGUCUCAUCACCCUCGCCAGAGAAAAGAAGCGGCAAGCAGCGCUGCACAAGGAGGCGGCCUGGGACGGCUCGCUCGCCAACACGUCCGUCACCGACACUUGAGAUGGCGAGCAGCCCCGGAAUCCAAACACUUCCUCUGCUUAGAGCUCUCAAUUAGGAAAAUUCUUUCUACCGUUACUAGUAUAUAGACAUAGAUAUUUUUUUUAAACGAUGUUAGAGAUUAUAGCCACGCUCAAGAGGUUUCAGCCUUAAUCUAUGUGUCAUAAGGUAUAUUGUCGCUUAAUGUUAACUUUUAUCUCAAUGUCGUGAGCUUCCUAUGUGACUUAGCUUAGUUGUUUGUUAUUUAUGUAUACUUUGCAAGGUGUGAAUGUCUUGUUGCCUCUUUAAUAUCUUAUCUACGUUUAGAGUCCCCGGAAAGCUCGAUUCUCCAUACAAACGUAGUUACGCUCUCAUUUUAAAACGACUGGCUAGAUUGCUUUUAUACUUUGUACUCACAAUAGCAUAAGGUUUAUUUAUGCCUGUAAUUAGUUUAUGUAGCUUCAGAUACUAAAGUUAAAAAAAUACAGCGUAUUUAAGUUUUUCAUACAAAACUUCUUUUUGCUCUAUUUCGUUUGAUUUAUAUACUAGAGCUAUAUAAACUAAUUGCAGACCUAGAUAUACCUCAUGUCAUUGUAUGUGCAAAGUUUCAUUACAAUCCAAUACGUUGUUUUAAACUAAGAACGAAACUCCGUUUGUAUGGGAAGUUGAAAUUCGGCCGAGCUUGCCGGGGACUCUUAAGACAAGUUAAAUAACGAUACUACAACAAAUAAUGAUAUUCGAACAACAGAACAUCAUGUUAACUUAAAAAGUAAGACUUGAUCUUAAUAUAGGGUACUGUGUCUUACCAGGACACUGAAUAUGUCAGCUUUAACUUAUGGUAACCUAUCAUCUAAACGUCUCAUUAAUUAAUUAUAUAUUCCAUUUUCAAUUCACAUACAAAUCUAAAUACAAAACCAGCUCCGUUCUCGUGAGGGGAAUAUCAUGCAAUACACCAAUGUUUCUACCUUAUACAACUAUUUUAUAUUGUAUAGUAUUGUUUACACCAAAUAUUAGUAUCUAUUAAGUUUAUUAGCAUAAUAACACUUUUAGAAUUAACGUAAUUAAGAUUCAUUUUAUUGGUUCAUUGGCCAUUUCACUUAUAAAUUAAAAAGGAACCUUAUUUUUUCUUAAAAAAAGAAAAUAUAUUAUACCAUUUUGCGUAGAAUAAUGUUGAUUCUAUUAUUCAGUUAAUAACAUUUUUAAUUUUUGUCGAUAUGCCAAAUAUGUAAUAAAAUGAAUAAUAAAUGAUGAAUUUGCAAAAUGAAUCAUACUAUUAUGUCAAAAAGUGGCAAUCAAAUGAAUUAUUAUAAAAGCAUAGUCGCUAUUAUGCUGAAUUAAGAACUAUGGGACAUAUUUUUAAGUAAUUUGUCUACACCCAUAUUUUUACUCUUCACUGUACUUAUAAGUCUUAUAACUACCACAAAAUUGCAUGUUUAGAAGACUGACAGAAACGGUUUCGCAGCAGUCAGCUCUCACUGCUUAUCACGCUAUGUAUCCUCUAAUCUCAGAUACGGAAUUAUACACUGGGGCAAUGCUGCUGAUUGUGAUAUCAUGCCUUUAUUUAAAGCCCAAAAGAAAAUUGUACGAGCUAUGUUUAAAGUUAACCAAAUGACAAGCUGUAGACCUUUGUUUAAUAAAUUAGGCCUGUUACCACUCCAUUCUAUGUAUAUUUACGAGGCAUGUGUAUUUGUAAAACAAUAUAUGGACCGAUUCACUGUACAUGUAAAUACUCAUCCUCGCCCAGCUACAAAUACGCUAAAAAUUCUUCCCCCAGGAAGUUGUAUUUCAAAAACAAGCUUUUAUACAAAUACCAUCUACACAAUGGCCCCUAAAUUGUUUAACAAAUUACCGGAUCUGCUCAGAAAUGAACAGCUGUCGACAUUUAAGAUUAGGUUAAAAAAAUUAUUAAAAGAUAAAUGUUAUUACAAUAUUGAUGAAUUUCUGAUGGACACUUUGACAAAUGAAUGAUUGACUUAUAUAAUUACCUAUUAAUCAUUAUUUAUUUUAAAUUAUUAAUUACAAAUACAAACAAAUACAAAUAAUUUAUUGAAAAAAGUAUUGUACAGAGGUUCAUCUUAAAGACUAAGAGUUGUUAGUAGAGGAAAGUGGUUUACGAAUGCCUGAACUAGGAGUUCCUGUGUUUCAGGCAGCGAAGGACAAAAUUAAUCAAUUUUUAAUUAUUCACUUAAUUAUAAAUUAAUAGUAGUACUUACACAAUAGAAGUCUUAUCGCCUUAACAAAAUGGGUCUUAAGUAUUAAAUUUCAAAGUACACAAUCAUGUUACAUUAAUUACAACUUAUUGAUUAUUUUUAUUUUAAAUAUAGUGACAUUUCUAAUAAUAUUGCAUGCGCUAGGUAACCAAAAUCAUUGUACGUCGCAAGACAUAUUACAGAGAACAAAUUGUUUAUAAUUUCACAUUCAUUACCUGUAAUGCACAAUUGAUGAAUAAAUGAUUCUAAAUGAUUCUUAGUAAAUACCAUAAAAUCAGGGAUUUAAGAUUUUGCCAGGGGAACGUAACCAUGACAACGGGUAACAGGAAAAGUAAAUUCACCCAUAAGUACUAUUUUAAUACACCCAUAAGUACUAUUUUAAUUCACCCAUAAGUACUAUUUUAUUGUCUGCUCGUGAAAUGGUCCUUGAACCUUUUGAUGUUUUGUUGUGAGUUUCGUGCCUUUCGUAUCUAGUCUGGUUGUAUGUGAAGAAGGCAACAAACCUCUUGGCGUUCAAUUAAUAGAGAUAUUAGAAAAUAUUUGUAAAAACUACACUUAUUUUAGUGGAAUAACGAAUGUAAACUGCGUUCAGUUCUAAUGAAGAUGGACCGACGAUUUGGUCAAGGUUUCAGGUUGUUAGAAGUUGUCGAUAAGGGCACUGAAUGAGCUCUCAAAGGAUCAUCAUAGUGCAGCUGUGGGCCUUUAUGCAGCAAUUCAACAAGGUCGCUAUACAGCCGGAAUGUUGUGGCACAGAAUCAAUAGUACAGAAGAUUCACUCUCUAACAAAACGCGUCUAUUACGACCGAUAUGACCGCUAGGUGGCAACCAUUAUGGCUAGACACCAAAAUUGGUGUGGGCCGCAUGUACUUGUAGCGACGCUACGAAAUCGCGGAGUGAGCCAUGGUUGUGGCUGGUCAUAUACCCUCGCACUCGUAAACAUGAUUCUGCAUCGCGAUACAGCAUCGAUCCAACCACGAUACAUCAUCGAUACAGCCGCGAUACAAUCGAUACAGUCACGAUGUAGAAUUCCUUCAGACGCGGAUGCCCCUAAUCGUGGAAUGUUGAAUUGAAUAAUAAUUGAAAACGUGGUAACAUUCGUUAUUCUACUAAAAAUAAUUAAAUAGUCAUAUCGUAGUUUUAAAAGUUGAAGCGUGAUUUACGACUGUUUAAGAUCAAUGUCUCCUUUUAUAAUAGAAUAAGCUGGUAGAACACCCGUCGUAAAAAUAUAUAUUUUUACAUCCGUA